UAACGAGUGAGGGAGGUGCGGCCACUGUAUACCGUACGGAUGAGCGAAGACGCACACAUCUCGCGUGCGCCUAGUCCUGCCGUAGAUCGGUGACGCGAUCGGUGUAACGCCAUGGAGCUCUCGGCUGCGUUGUACGGGCCCCUUCCGGCCAGUAAAAUUAUCUUGUACUGUGUUUCGGCAGUUGUAAUUGUGGUGUGCUUCUACUGCGUGCAACUGUUGGCAAAGGCGAUUCAAGUCUAUGCUCACCUGCGCAGCGUUCCUCGACCGAAGCAGCGCGUUCCGUUCUCGUUUUUUUUGGACAUGUGGCUAAGAGCCGUCGCGAAAGAUUCGCCGCUGGAGAGGAAUGCGAGGAUAUUCGAAUAUGUGAAGUCCUUGUGCCACGAUAUUGUCGACCAAGACAUGACGAUGAGCUUCCACGGACCAAUGCCAAUACUUCUAGCAGUUACUCCUUCCAUUGUGGAGAGGGUGCUGUCUGGCACGGAAAACGUAAACAAGUCAUUCCUGUAUACCAUGAUGAAGAAUUGGAUUGGCAAUGGGCUUCUUACAAGUGAGAAGAGCAUUUGGAAGAAGCGCAGGAAAGCUCUGACACCGGCGUUUCAUUUCCGCAUCCUGGACGAAUACGUGCCCAUCAUGAACAGACGGGCCGCCAUGCUUACAGACAAGCUGGGCGACCUGAGCAGAGACUACUUCGAUCUGCUGCCCGUCAUGAGGCUGACUACGUUCGCCAUUCUCUUUGAAACUGCCAUGGGCGUAAAGCUGGACGAAGAAGACGUCGAAAAAACCCAGUUCCUGAAAGUGAAUGACGAAAUGGCCGCCUCAAUCAUGACGAGAAUGAUCACGAUACACCACUGGCCCGACUUUAUCUACAAGCGAACGAAGGAUGGCCGAGAGUUUUACGAAAAAGUGGAACUCGUAAAGAAAUACACGCAAGACAUCCUCAGAAGUCGCAAGAAGGCGUACAAGAUCGAAAGUGCGCAUGCUGAGCGGAAGCAGAGCUUCAUGGACAUCCUGUUGCGCAUGCACAUGGAAGAGGGCGUCUUCACCGAGGAAGAGAUCAGGGAGGAGGUCAACACGUUCAUGAUCGGGGGAUUCGACACGACAGCCAUGGCGGCGUCCUUCGCGCUCCACUUGCUGGGCAACCACCCGGAAGCCCAGGCGAAAGUCCACGACGAGCUCGAUGCCGUGUUCGGGUCUGACGAUCAACGGUCGGUAACCACGGAGGACAUCAAACAGCUCAAGUACUUGGACUGCGUCAUCAAGGAGGCCCUUCGACUUUAUCCUCCUAUUCCACUCAUUGCAAGAGAGCUCGGAGAAGACACCACCAUUGAAAAGUACACCAUUCCGAAAGGAAGCAUCUCCCUGGUCCUCAUCUACUUCAUGCACCGACACCCUCGCUUCUUUCCUCAACCAAACGCCUUCGUACCAGAGAGGUUCCUGGAGGCCGACAAGGAACGUCACCCGUUCCUGUACAUCCCGUUUGCCAGUGGUUCUCGCAACUGCAUAGGGCAGAAGUUUGCUCAACUAGAAGACAAGAUUCUGCUGGCUCAGAUCCUGAGGCGAUUCAAGGUGCAGUCGCAGAUUCCAAAUGAAGACCUUCAGAUGUCACUCGAGCUCGUAUUGCGCCCCACUCAAGGCCUGCAUGUGAAGUUCACGCCCAGAGACCGCAAGACCACGUGAACUGAGGCGAAGACGUGGUAGUGCGCUGUCACGCUAUGUCAAGUGGCGUCUUUUCUAUUUUUAAGCUUCACCGCAACAUUUAUUGAUCACCCUACUUCAAAUGACUAAUAAAGUAUCUC